CUUGCCUCAGACUUCCCAUUCUCCUCAAUGGCUUCACUUCUGCCCGGGCUGCGACGAGCAGCUCCCCGGCUCGCCAGCGAUUUCUUCAUAUGUCACCACUGUCAAAAAUAUGCCCGUCCCGCAGCUCGACAGAUCAAAAUCCCCAGAAAGACAAACCUCUCUCGAACCAUCCGAUUCAACAGCAGCGCUGCAACAUUCCCUGAACUCGUGCCGAAAAAGACAUCUCCAUUGAGCUCGCUCAGUCAGACGAUAUCGAAUGCCGAGAAGGAGAGGGCGAAAGGAGGGGCGAAGAAGGGCUUCUUUCCCGAGACUCCGUCGAAUACAGUCGCAUAUUGGCUGCUAGCUUCUGCAGGCGGUGUAUUCGGGAUUGUGGUAUUUGGGGGCUUGACGAGAUUGACGGAGUCUGGACUCAGCAUCACAGAAUGGAAACCCGUAACAGGUUCCCUCCCACCCCUCUCCGCCUCGGACUGGGCCUCCGAAUUCGACAAGUACCGCGCCUCUCCCGAAUUCAAGCUCCUAAAUCCACACAUGACGCUGGAAGAAUUCAAGAAGAUCUACUACAUGGAAUGGGGACACCGUCUCUGGGGGCGUUUCGUGGGCCUUAGCUUCGUCCUCCCCGCCAUCUACUUUGUCUCCCGGCGGAAAGUCUCAGCAAACAUGUCAUUGCGCCUCCUUGGAAUCAGUGGACUGAUUGGGUUCCAAGGAUUUCUGGGGUGGUAUAUGGUCAAAUCGGGAUUAAAAGAUGAUCUCUUCGCUCCUGGGAGCCACCCAAGAGUCAGCCAGCAUCGAUUGACAGCCCACCUAGGAGCAGCGUUUAUAUGCUACACCGCCAUGCUAUGGAACGGACUCUCCAUCCUCCGUACUAACGCCCUUCUUUCCCACCCCGCGCGAGGGUUGGCACAAUUAACGCACCUCUCCUCCCCCUCCCUCAGCGUAUUCCGGAAUUCCGUGGCCGGCCUCACGCUCCUCGUUUUCACAACCGCCUUGUCCGGCGGCCUAGUCGCCGGUCUCGACGCCGGACUUAUUUAUAACGAAUUCCCACGCAUGGGAACUGGUUUCCACCCCCCAAAGGCGGAGCUCUUUUCUCCUUUCUACUCUCGCAAAUCCGAUCAAAGCGAUCUCGUCUGGCGAAAUAUGCUCGAGAACCCGUCGACAGUGCAGCUCAACCACCGCGUUCUGGCCACCACAACAUUCACCGCUAUCUUGUCUUUGUGGGCAUAUUCCCGCUUUAACAGGAGGUUAAGAGGUGCAUUGCCGAAUGGAGCGAGAAAGGGCAUGUUGGGAGUCGUGCAUUUAGUAUUGUUACAAGUCACGUUGGGUAUUAGCACGUUGAUCUAUCUGGUUCCUGUCCCUCUUGCGGCAGCGCAUCAGGCGGGGGCGUUGGCGUUACUCACUGGAACACUGGUGCUUGGGAGUAGAGUGUGGGUUCCGAGGAGAUUGAUGGCGUUGGUGAGGCAGAGAGUGAGGCAGGCGUCUGCGGUAACAGGGGCAGGGAAAGUUGGGUUGGGGAAGGAGGCUAUGAAGAGUGAUUUGAGUGCCUUGAGGAGGAAUGGACCGCCUGUUUUGUAAAAGGGGAUUGGGGAUGUGUAAAUAUGAUGGGGGAAUGGGGGAUGUGUGAUGUAUGUGUGAAUGAUGGGUGUGAUGUAUUGAUUAGCGGCAUAGAAAGGGGUCUGUGGUCACGAGCGUAUGAAUCUCAACUCUGUAGAUAACUAACAACUUUUUUCAUACUUGUUUGCUUUCUCGCUUCCUCUAUACUCGAUCAUAAGCCAUAAGUUCCAUAGCGCUUCUCUGAGGUGCAAUGUACAGGCCCUAAAAGCCAACAAAGCCAUCAUCCAUCAUCAAUCAUCCAUUCAUCGAUCAAUGAUCCACCCAUCCCGUACCCGACUCGGAUCAUCUACUUGUGCGCUAACCAUCUGUAAGUAAAGCUCUGAUGGUCUUCUGUUGGAAGACUCACGGAUCCCCUCCUCAGCCACAGGCUGGAUGCCCACCUCCUCCGCCGCUAACUUCUCCU